GUGUCGACGAUGCUUCGCAGACUCGGUGCAGAAUUGUGCUCGCUCACGGCGACUCCAUAGAGAGCAUGUUCAGCGGACCAUCCCUGGCAGGCCAGAUGCUCCAAACCCCAGACAGAAUCACGAAUGAAUGGAAACAACGACACUCGAGGCUCGAGAAGAGCGUCCGAGUAGGACGAGCGCUGACCGGCGUCCGUCGUGGACUCGUACCACUCGAGGACCGUACAAAAAAACACAGGGAGCGAUCCACGUCACGCUGGUAGCGCGAGAGGGCGAGUGGAUGUGAGGAUCCGACAUCCGACGUGGUGGCCGCUGAGCUCAGAGUGAUCGACCAGUCACCAGUAGGAGCCUAGGACGAGGAGGAGGAGGAGGAGGAGAGGAGAAGCGCCUGAGGGAUUUGCGCACGUCCAUGUCCAUGCCUGUCGAUCGUCGAAUCUCGCUGCCUCUGAGCUAGCUCGCAUCAGGAACAGCAGCGGAGGUCGGGUGCCGAAGCAAAACGGCGGCGAAAUGAUCCGAGCAGGCCAGGCCUGCAGCAUGUCCAUGUCUCAGUCUUUCGGCCUCGGCCUCAGCCUCAGCCUCCCUCGCGCCAACCAUUUGCUCCGUGUCCCCGCUGCGAGAUGCCGAGCAAGAACGCUUGCAAGAACUGCAUGCAGUGAGCGGACGAGCUUGGCAGGAGGCAGCUUCAGAUGUUUGCCUUCUCUCAGUAAGAAUGAAAGCGCGAUCGGUGCUUCCGACUUUCUUCUCUGUCUUCAUGGCCGCUCCGAUGGAUGCUCGUCCUUCAGCCCCCGAGAUGCAGGAGCCGAAAGAAUUCUUUGUCGGGCGAAGAAUGACCUUUUCAGUAACCGCGAGCCCGAAGACGACGAAGCGAUUAUCCAGAAGACCGGGUGGCCUGUUUUAGAACGCUGGGAUAUCCCGUGGGAUGGAAAAACAACGUCACUGGGAAUGGUUGCUUGGCUUCUCAGUUUUUUGCUGACAGGAUUAGUCGUAUCAGUAGUGGCUGCGCAAUUUGGAAUUGGGCGAAGGCAAUAUAUGAGUCUGGACGAUCAAGCUGUGUAUAUAUUAAUUCAUCAGCUUGCGCAGACAAUUGCUGGACUGAGCAUCAUAAAUUUUGCUGUGAACAAGUAUAAGCCACUUCCAGACGGACUUUUCAGAUUCGAACUAAACUCCCCUUUCAAUUUGGAGCGGGGAUGGCUCCUUUGGGGAGGUCUUGGACUUCUGUGCUCUGGUGCUGCUGUUGUGGCGGCGAGUUAUGUCUCGGCAGCAAUAAACGGUCAACCACCAUCGCGUGAUGAUACAGAUGCUCUAGUUCAAUUACUGCCCAUAAUCGGCGCCUCACCAUUGAGCACAGCCUCUUUGAUAGGAGUUACAGGAGUGCUAGCUCCCCUUCUGGAAGAGACAGUAUUUCGAGGAUUUUUGAUGACAUCUCUAACCAAGUGGGUGCCAACACCAGUAGCAGUAAUAAUCAGUGCAAUCGCAUUUGCCGGUGCUCAUCUUACGCCUGGGGAGUUUCCUCAACUCUUUGCCCUAGGAAUCAUACUUGGGUUUUCAUAUGCGCAGACUCGUAAUCUGGCUUGUCCUAUGCUUAUCCAUUGCAUAUGGAACUCAGGAGUUGUAGUUGUUUUGACACUGCUUCGCUUGCAGGGUUACGACAUUAAGGAGCUUUUAUGAGUGGCCAUGGUAGCUGAGUUUUCCUCAGUCAACUAGCCGACUUACGUCCAGACGUCCUCCGUUUUACCUCCACCAGGAAAACGAAGCGGAGAUGCAUGGAGAAACACUGACCUCUUGGUUGCGACCUGCUUUGCAGCAUUUUCAAGUAAAUAAGCGGGACUGAGAAUGUGAGAUGAAGUGAAUGGGCUUGGCGGCCUUGAAACAAUGGUGGACUCGGUUACAUUAACGGGAUUCCUCCUCAUCCCGGAUUGGUCGAAGAUCAGGUUCCCAAUGAACGAGUUUUACUCGCUCUGUGAAGUUCAGUCUGCAGUCAAUCGCAGACCCUAGUGACAUCUUUGUUGUAUAUCCCAUUUUAGGCAUGAACUUCUUUCUGACAAAUUAUACAAUUUUGUUCAACACUUGUGCCGCAUUUCAUGUAUCAAUACCGCUGUUUCGUCGACUUCCAAGUAUGGUCACUGCAGACAGUCGAGGCAAUGCGACAUCAUAUUUCCU